CAAGUUCAGUCCCUCAAGACUUCUGAACGAACCGUUUGACAACGGGCCAUUUACUUCAUCUAAAGCGGACGCGUUGCGGUGUUAUUGUUUUGUUGUGUUUACUUAGGAAUCAAGGAACGUAACAGGUGAAAUGCACUGAGUGCACAGACAAGAUCAGUAUAGCCAAUGGAUACGUUGACGACUAGUAAGACCGUAACGAAAUGCUUGGCUGGUUUUCUUAGCUAACAGCUACGCGGUGCAUGGAGGUCAUUUUAUUUUGCUAAAAUGCCAUAUAAUGAAUAAUAAUAGAUCAUCUGAAUAUAUUUCUUAGGUGUAGGUCGAUACCCUUAUGGUGUGGUGAUUCAAACAAAGAGGGAUGGACAGAAGAAAGUGACUCGCUGCGGAGGCUGCGCGGAGUACGCGCUCGGUAGUGUGGACUUCUGUUAACCGACGCUUAAUGCUGCGCUAAUAGUCAUUAGUUUGGAGGCGCUGCGAUCAUCAUGGUGGUUGAGAGGACGCUUCUCGCAGCGAGGCGAGGGGAUGUACAAACUCUAAAAGUACAGUUAGCUGAGAAGGUACUCAACAGCGAUGUGAAAGAUGUGCUGGGAGCGACUCCCGUACACCACGCCGCGCGAGCGGGGAAGCUCACCUGUCUGCGGUAUUUGGUUGAGGAAGCGGGUUUACCGGCGAGCAGCCUGGCGAGAAACGGCGCAAGUCCUGCGCAUGACGCCGCAGCCACGGGCAACCUGAGCUGCCUUCAGUGGCUCGUGACGCACGGAGGAUGUCGAGCGGCCCAUAAGGACAGCUCAGGGGCCACUGUCCUGCACCUGGCUUCUCGCUUCAGCCAUCAUGAGAUCAUUGAUUGGCUGCUGAAGAGUGGGGAAGGGGAUCCUACUGUUGCCACAGAUACGGGGGCCUUGCCUGUUCAUUAUGCUGCAGCUAAAGGGGACUUACCCUCGCUCAGGCUGCUACUGGAACACAGCCCACAAGUUGUCAAUUUCCAAACUAAGAACGGUGCCACACCACUAUACCUUGCAUGUCAGGAGGGCCACCUGGAAGUCGUCCAGUACCUAGUGAAGGACUGCGGGGCGGAGCCAAGUAUCAGAGCCAAUGAUGGGAUGACACCGUUGCAUGCUGCUGCCCAGAUGGGACACAACACUGUCAUUGUCUGGCUGAUGAGUUUCACAGACAUCAGCCUGUCUGACAGAGACAAUGAUGGGGCCACUGCCAUGCACUUUGCCGCCAGCCGCGGCCAUGCCAAGGUUCUCAGCUGGCUGCUCCUGCACGGCGGGGAGAUCGUGACCGACAGCUGGGGUGGUACGCCUCUUCAUGACGCAGCCGAGAAUGGAGAGCUGGAGUGCUGUCAGAUUCUGGUAGUGAACGGAGUGGACAUGGGGAUACGGGACCAGGAUGGAUUCUCAGCGGCAGACCUGGCUGAAUACAACGGGCAUCAGCCGUGUGCCAAGUACCUCCGCACUGUUGAAAACAUGAGUGUGGAGCACCGAGUCUUGUCACGGGACCCUUCGACAGAUCUGGAGUAUAAGCAGCCGGACUCAGGCCUCUCCUCUCCCAACACCACCCUGCCCAUCUCAGCCCCUGCUGCGGCCCAUUUUGACAUCUGCUCACCCUCCAGCUCGCUGUCCAAUUACAACUCGGCAAACUCCAGCCAAUCCAGUACUGGAGAGAAGAGGAGCGGUACGCCUCCCUCACGAGGACUGACAGGAGGUGAAGAUUCAGCCAUUACAGACAUGCAUGCAGACCGAUUGGUGUAUUACAGUACCACGAGAGCUAAGAGAGCAGACUCCUCCGUGCGCUGUCGAAUCGCUCUCGUGGAUCAGCUGAAUCCUGGCGAGAGCCACGAAAGGCUUCGAAGAGUGGACUCUAAUCGAAAGUCCCGUAGCUUCAGCAAGCAGCCCAGCACUGGGGAUUACUACAAAACCCUGGGUAGCGAUAGCGCAGAUCAGCACCCCAACGGAGCCAUGGCACCCAAUGGGGAGGGUUCUGCACUGUUGGAGGAAGCGUCAGACACGGCGCCUGCUCCUGAGAACGGGACGGGAAACACAGAGGAUCUGCCCCUUCCUCCUCCUCCACCCUCCAUCCCGACUCCACCUCCUCCUCCACCUCUUCCCUCAGAGCUGCCCCCACCUCCUCCUCCUCCUCCUCCACCCAGCACCUCCACACCGGCCCCUGCCCAGCGCCGCAUGUCUUCUUCCUCCAGCAAAGGGGAUCUCUCCUCUACGCAUCUGUCUCCCUCUGUCACCCCGGCUCCAGAAACACUCCGGCAGAGGAAGAGCAAUAAAUCCUUCAACAUGAUGUCCCCCACUGGAGAUAAUUCUGAGCUUCUGGCCGAAAUUAAAGCUGGGCCAAAACUGAAGCCAACACCUCAGAGUAAAGGCUACACGAACGUCUUCUCUAACAACGGCACAGCGGCGAACAAUGGGGAAUGUCCGUCAUCGCUGCCAGAGCUUCUGCCAAAACGCCAGCCCGACGACACCCAAUCUGCAAAGCCACAAUCUCCACCACCUGUCUGCCCCACGACCAGCGGUGGGUCGCCCCAGAACCACAACACCUCACAGAGCAGCGAGAAGCUCACAACCGCCGUCAACGGAAAUACUCCUGUUGUCCAGGACAAGUCCAGCGUGGUGGAUGUUGAGAGUCUGGUGCCCACACAUGACGAGCAGGGCCGAGCUAUCCCAGAGUGGAAGAGACAGGUGAUGGUGAGGAAACUACAAGUGAAGAUGCAGGAGGAGGAAGAGAACAAGAGAAAGGCUGAAGAAGAGGCGGCCCGUCUGGCUUCAUUGCCUGCCUGGAGGAGAGAUAUCAUGAAGAAGAAGAUGGAAGAAGAGAGUGAUCAGAUGGAACAGAAAAGAAAAGAGGAGGAACGGCGGCAAAUGGAAAAGGAGAACGAGCAGAAGUUGGAACUGGAGCGACUACGAAUGCUGGGCUAUGAUGAAUCUAAGCUGGCGCCGUGGCAGCGGCAGAUUAUUUUAAAGAAAGGCGACAUAGCGAAACAGUAGAAACUCCCAGUCACCCCAUGCGCUCUCGCACAGCUCUCUGCUGGUGUAUAACUGUAGGACACUGUUGAGAAUCUGCCAGACCCUUUAGACUCAAACCACGCGUGGGUCACCAGACAGCGUUCUGCUCGAUGACCACUUCAGCAGCGCUUCGUCUGAGUCUCAGUAAAUGUUAUUGAGCUCUGAAGAUGCAUUGUAGAAUAUUAAAGAUGUUUUUUUUUUUUAAUUAACUUUAAGUGGUCAUAAUCUGUCAAGUGUGAUAAGUCCUGAACAGGUGUUAUGGCACAAUGUAUUCUUACAUAAAGUAAGUGACGUUUCUGUUAUGAUGCAUCUAUAUUGAUU